UUUGAAAGUAACCUUAGGACGCGGUGUGCCCGGUCGAAUCUAGCUUGAUGUCCGGGGGUGACUUUUGCGCGUUCCAGGCGGAGUUGAGCUCGCAACAUUUUGUCCAACUUGUUCGCCUCUUCACUGCACAUUCUUCAACUCUGGAAUGUUUUCACGGCUGGCCGUCUUUGGGGAAAAAAGCACCGAAGAGAGGGAAUAUCUGUCACUUUGCAUUUCAUUCGCGCUGCUUUCCGCGGCUAAUUACACUCUUUUUAAAGGCACGCACGCACACGCAGUGUGGGGACAGCAGCGGAUUGUUUCUUGUUUUCUCCCGACAUUGGAUUUGUAGAGGACUCCUAUGAUGCCAUGGACCUCUGAAAGAGGAGCGACAUUUCAGCGACGGGCGACAGGACUUUAUAAUCAAUGUGGAGUCAGCUGGAAGGACGCGGGGUCCGGAUCUCACCUCAACGCUGAUACGUCUUGGGAGUGAUGCACUGGCUUCCCCUGGUUGCCAUGGUGAUCGCCUCGGCUCUGCCCUUCCCUCACAAGCCCUUGUCCAGGAGCGCCGCCGCCGCCAGCGUGGAGCCCGGCUUCAGAGAGGACGACGACAACCACAGCCGGGAACACCUCAGGAACCUUACAGCUUUCGGUUUGGACCCCAGGGUCAGUUUGGAGGUUCCUGAGAAAAAAGGUCUCCCAAAGAACAGACACCAACAAGACCGCUUCAGUCUGGUGGACAGUUUUCGGGACUCCAGACCCACACAAGCUUCUGUGCUCGAAACCCAAAUAGGGGAAAGUCCUGCUGCGGGUCCCAGGAGUUCCAGACGAGGGCCGCCGACUGUUCCAUCGGAGCAGCUCAGGAACGGGGCCACACCGGCUGAGGGCACCCUGGGGGCGAGCCCGGGAUCUGCACUGGACACCGUCUUGGAAGGGGACAACAUGUUUCUGGACGCGCACCCACGCGUCCUGUUCUCGCCCUCGGGGUUGCCGCCCGAGGACCCGCCUCUGCUCCUCAUGCUGGAGACGGGCCUGCUGGAGGAGGACUCGGACGAGCCGGAGGAGCCCGACGCGCACAUUGAGGGUCACGGGGACCGAGCGAUCGACAGGAGCCUGAGUUGGGCCAACGCCUCGGGGUUUACGGCCGACGCGGCCCGCCCCGUCAGGAGGGACAAGCGCUCGCAUUUGAUGGACAGGCGGCGCGGGGAGAAGUCGGUGUGCGAGUCGGAGAGCGUCUGGGUCACCGACAAGAAGACGGCUGUUGACUCGCACGGCCAGACAGUCACCAUCUUGCAGGAUAUCCAGACCCAGACGGGGCCGCUCAAACAGUACUUCUACGAGACGCGUUGCCGCCAGGCGGAGCAGCAACAGAGCGCCGCCGGACGCCCGCCGAGCGCCAAGGGGCCGCUUUCGCAGCCCACGGGCGUGGCUGGCGCCGGCUGCUUGGGCGUGGACAAGAAGCAGUGGGUGAGCGAGUGCAAGGCCAAGACGUCGUUCGUGCGCGCCCUCACCAAGGACGCCAACAACCGGACGGGGUGGAGGUGGAUCCGCAUCAACUCGUCCUGCGUGUGCGUGCUGCUGUCGAGAGCCAAUCAGAUACUGGGGAGGGAGGUCCUGGCAAGGAGGGGGCGGGGCUAAAGAAUCAAAAACCUCAAAGACUCUUUUUGUACGAUUACUCUUUCAUCAUCUAAGUUAUUAGUACGUACGCAUGAUAUUAAUAUAUUCCUCCAUGUACGAUAUACGUGUAUGUAUGGAGCUUGUAUAUUUAUAGAAGAGUGGCGCCUCCUGCUGGAGGUCCACAGUAGUGCUCCACGCCACACCUUCGAUGUUGGAGCUGGAGCAUGUUUUUAGAUUCCAGCUCAGAAGCAGCAAGUUUGAGCAUCCUGCCAAACGUGCGAAUAAAGGAUCUUUGUACGUA